AUGGAGACCCUCAACGACUUCGAAAUCAUCGAUGUCGCCAAGUACACCGAGGCUCAGCUUGCGGCCAAGAUUGCCGCCAAGGACCAAGAAAUCGCUGCGCUGAAGCGUCGACACGAGGCCGAGUGCAUCGAAAUCGAAUUGGCCAAGCUUUCCGAGGAGAACGAAGAGAUUGCCGCGCUGAAGGAAGCGCAGGAAGCUGUGGUCGACAAAUAUAAGGAAAUCCACGCCCUUAAGAUGGCUCAGAAGAACACAGAAAUCGCCGCGCUCGAGCAACAAUACAACGACGAGCGCGCCGAAGCAGACGCUUUGAUUGCUGAGAAGGACGAAGAAAUCGCUAAGAAGAACGACGAAAUUGCCGAGAAGAGUCAAGAGAUUAUCCAUAAGAAUGACGAGCUUGCUGAGAUGAACGACGAAAUGAAUGAGAUGUAUGACGAACUGUUUGAGAAGACCGACCAAAUCACUGAGAAGGACGAAGAGCUUGCCAACAAGAACGACGAAAUUGAUAGGAUGCACGAAGAUACUGUUCGGAGAAACGGAAUAAUUGCUGAUCAAAACGACGAACUCAUUGAGAAGAACCAAGAAAUUACCGACAAGAACAACGAAAUUGCUAAGAAGACCGAAGAAAUCGCUGAGAAGAACCAAGAGAUUACCGAUCUGAACCAUCAAAUCGCUAAAAAGAACGAGGAGAUUUUUAAGAAGAACGAAGAAAUCGUUCAGGGGAACGAAGAGCUUAAAGACAUGGAAAUCGAAAUUGACAGGAUACGCGAAAGAUUGAACGGAGUAAUUGCCGAUAAAGACAAUAAACUUACCAAGAAGAACCAAGAGAUUGCCGCCAAGAACGACGAAAUCGCCAAGAAGGACGAACAGAUUGCUACGCAGAAGCAACAGAAGGAAGCUGCAUGCGCCAAGUACAUGAAAAUCUAUACAGAUGCGUUGGCCCAGAGGAAUCAAGAAAUCGCGAGGAUGAGGAAAGAGCACCAAACCGGGAUCGCCAAGUGCAUCGAAGACGCAGCCGCCAAGCGCGCCGAAGAGCUUGAGAGAUUCCAACACAAUGCUCAAGAAUAUCUCGACCAACACAAAAAGGAGAGCGAGGAGUCCCAGAAGCUCAUCCACAGCAUCAUCAAUGCUCAGCUGGCCGAAAGCAAGGGCAAGCUCAUCAAGGAGCGUUCAGAUGCUGCGGAUCUGAGACGUGAGCUUGAAGAGGAGCGUUCGACUUCUACGAAGCUGAGAAAUGAGCUUGAAACCCAACGGAGCGAAAGCAGUGCUGCCGCGAACGCUCUUGAGAAGAAACGCAAGGAGUACGCCGAGUCUCUUAAAUUCGACAUUCAGAAGCCGGAAAUUGCGCGGUCAAACUAUUAUAGUUAUGAUGACGACGACGAAGACAUGAGCUUUGGUCUCUUUGAUUAG